CCUUUGCAGACCUCUUCUGAACUCGUCUCUCCAGGACACUGCUGUUCUACAGGAUGAAGCCUACCUCUUGCUUCCUUCUCACUCUCAUCCCCCUUCUCCAGCUGAUGAUCCCAGGAUAUGCUCAGUGUUCCUUGGACUCCAUCGUGGAUAAAAAGAUAAAGGAAGCUCUCACUGGCUUAGAGUUAAAUCCUGCCCCAACAAAGAGGAUUUCAUGUACCAGUGUCUAUAGCAAAGGAAGACUGUCUUCCUGCCCUGCAGGUAUGGUUGUUACUGGCUGUGCUUGUGGCUAUGGCUGUGGUUCCUGGGAUAUCCGGGGGGAAACCACAUGCCACUGCCAGUGCAGCACUAUGGACUGGACCACUGCCCGCUGCUGCCAUCUGGUCUGAGGGAGAGGAGCAUGAGGACCCAACUGUGUGACUAUGCGUAUAGUGAAAAUAUACACCAAACAGGAAAACUGACUCAAACUGUGCCUUUCAUUUGUUACAACCUGCUUCUUGGGUAGUAAAGACAAUUUUUGCAUCUCUC